UAUAUAAUGAGUGGGGUCAGGGUAUCUUCUUCCCCUGAUCUUUUACCCAUGUCUUCAUCAAGCAACAAUGAGGAUUUAGGCUUAGAAGGUAUUCAAACAAAUGUAAAGGUGUUCUUGAAGCUACUUCAAGAUCAUCAAGAGGCAUCAAACAAAGACGGAAUAGAUGAGAGAAAGGCACAGAGAUUUGCAGGAAUGUUGACUAUCUUAGAGGAUGUUAAAAUAAGGCUGCAGAAAGUGCAACCUCCGGUGACGAAACGACAUGCAGAACUUAGACGUUGUAACACUGAUUUAAAAAUCAAUCGUCCUCCUAAAAAUAGUCGGAAAACCAAUGAAACUUUGAUCUUAGACGAGAAAGAAAAGCUUCGAAGGGACUUAAAUAUAAGUUUUGCUGCACAAAAACGACUAGGUGUUAUGUGCGCGACCAUAGGUAGGGAGAAAGAAAUUAUAGCAAGAGAACUCACAAGAAAAGUACAAGAAGUGAAUGAAUUGGAAGAGCAUGUUAACGACCUUAUUGCGCAAAACGAAAAAUUAACAGCAAAAAUACAAGCAUACGUAGCGGAGAAAAAAGAAAUAAAAAGAAGGAAUGCAGGGACGGAAUAUAGCUUGAAAUACGCCGCAUCUAAGGAGAGAAAUAAGGAGCUUUCCGAGCAACUUCAAAAGUCGUUGGAGGGUUAUAAGUUGUUCAAGAGGAAACAUAUAGAGGUUCAAGAGGAAAGGGAUGCUAUACAAGCCGCCAUGGUUGAAGUACGAGAGGACGUCAAAGGUGGCAUAAACCUUGUACAUAGCCUCAAACAAUGUGUCGAUUCUUGUAGUCUCGGGGAGCAAGCUAAGGAUAUCAAUGACAAGAUUACUUGUUUGGAACAAAUUUUCGAAAAACUCGAAACCAAGAGUUUGGGAGGACAUAGAAGGUUUCAAGACCCUUUUCUCAGCUUCUAA